GCUGCAGGCCCUCUUCCUAGACCUACCAUGGCUCAACCAGGGACUUUGAACCUCAAUAACGAGGUUGUGAAGAUGAGAAAAGAAGUGAAGAGAAUCCGAGUUUUGGUUAUCCGAAAACUUGUCAGGAGUGUUGGCAGACUGAAGUCAAAAAAGGGUACCGAAGAUGCACUGUUAAAAAACCAGAGACGGGCACAACGAUUGCUGGAAGAAAUCCAUGCCAUGAAGGAAUUGAAACCUGAUAUAGUAACUAAAUCUGCUCUUGGUGAUGAUAUCAAUUUUGAAAAAAUCUGCAAAAAGCCUGAUUCUACUACAACUGAAAGAGCAAUUGCCAGAUUAGCAAUGCACCCUCUUUUGAAGAAAAAAAUAGAUGCCCUAAAAGCUGCCGUCAAAGCCUUUAAAGAUGCAAGACAGAAUGAUGCUGAAGUUAAGUCAUCAAAUAAAGCUUCAGAAGAAAAUCAUUCCAAGAACACUUUGUGUUCAACUGAUGAUGCCAUUAAGGUACAGCCUGAAGGAAUUAAUAUCAGUGAACAAAAAGACAAAGAAACCAAAAUACUGGCAAAGAAACCAAUAAAUAAUUCAAAAGAAAAAAUAGCCAUGAUGGAACAUAGACCCAAAGCAGUCGACAUUACAAAUUCUCCUUCAAAGACUUCUGAAAAGGAUUCUGUAGUUCCCUCUGAACCCCAAAAGAUACCUGCUGACCCAGAAAUCAAAGCGUUAAAUCAAAUCAAAAAAGAGAAAGAGUCUGAUAGCUCACUUGGUGGUAACAGUGAUGGAGAAGAAUUACAUGAAGAAGAGGAGUAUUUUGAUGAUAGCACAGAAGAAAGGUUUUACAAACAAUCUUCCAUGUCUGAGGAUAGUGAUAGUGGUGAUGAUUUCUUCAUUGGGAAAGUUAGACGGACACGAAAGAAGGAAAGUAGUUGCCAUUCUUCAGCUUUGGAACAAAAAUUCACCAAAAAAGUGUUCCCUGAAGAAGAUAUACUUGAAACCCAUCAGGGUAUAAGAAAUGACAAAAACAAGCCAAGUACAGAAGUAAAGAAGUUUGAAUCAGUGUUUUUCCAUUCUUUAUCUGGAUCUAAAAGCUAAAGGAGUUGCAGAGAACAGGCUCCAAAGAACAACACCCCAGGCUUUCUGGAAAAUGAACCUCAGUUCAAGAAUCAGUUUAUUAAGGCUGCACAUAGAGGACCUGAAAAUAUAAAACAGCAGUCAUUGCUGCCUCUUCAUCCUUCAUGGGAAGCAAGCAGGAGGCGAAAAGAACAGCAGUCUAAAAUCCCUGUGUUUCAGGGGAAAAAAAUUACAUUUGAUGAUUGAUUAGUACUUUUUGUGAACUUCUUCAUCCAAAAUUUUUUUUUCUUUCUU